AAACAGAAGACCUUCAAGGCAAACUCGGGCAGGAGCCUCAGGUGCGGGAACAGAGGGUUGUUAUCAGGCAGGCGAAUCUCUCACUUCUCCACACCCCAGAUUCUCUCCCUCCGUCUGUUGGUUUGCUGGUUCCUCCCUGUCUCGGGCAGGUGUGUCUGACUCGGGGUACAGACAGUGCCUGCCCAGAGUGCUGAGCUGUUCCUACCAUGGGUCUGUCCAGCGCCUUCCUUGGCAUCCUGUUCCUCUCAGGGACACUGGGUCUCACCACUUCCCCAACCAGAGGACGGCUCCACUGUUACACCUGCAGCUUUGCCAAGCCCUGCUACCCUGUUCCCACGGAGUGUGGAGAGGACGAGGUGUGUGGUGUCAGUGUUGGCACCUCAGAGCAAAAUGAGGUCAUCGAGCGGAAAAGCUGCCUCCCAAGAGCCCAGUGCCCUCUGCUGGGCCGUACGACCUACUGGUCACGGUCCUAUGCUCUCCGGCACCAGUGCUGUGAGCAGGAUCUAUGCAACGCUGCUGCCCCACAUCGACCCCUCAGCCUUCCCCUCAUGACUCUGCUACCCCUUGCGACUAUCUUCGGCUGGGGAGUACAUAUCUUCCUCUAGCCCAUGGGUCCACAACUGUCAACCCAGGACUCCAAUGUCACCAUGGACGUGAAAACACCUGCACAGAUGUUUUCAGACAUGCUCAAAAGCAUGACUUUGUAUAAAAACCUCAGCCACCAAACCCAGAACCUCUACAGACCCGGUUCCUACAGCUGGAGUCCUGCUUCCCGCAUGCAAGUGUCUGGAACCUCGCCUCAUAAGAGACCCCUGCUGUCUUUAAACCUAGAUGUCCCAGGUCAGCUACCCUGAAUGAGCUAUGGGGUCCCAGACAAAGGGACAGAAGUGUCACUGGGGCUGGCGAAAAAUGGAGUAAUUCUAGGGGACAUGUAGCUUGGUACCCGAGGGUCUUAAGAACAGAGGGCUACCUUGGGGAACCAUAAAGAGUGUAUUUAAUAAAAGGGCUAUUGGGUAGAUAUAUAGCUCAAUGACAGAGUGCUUGCCUGCCUUACACAAGGCCCUGGGUUCAAUCCUCUACACCAUAAAUAAAUAAACAAACAAAUAAAUAAAUAAUAUGUGAAA